UUUUAAUCUAUCAAUAAGUGUUUAAACUUUUAUAUCGACUUGAGUCUUGCAAGCUGCAGACUCAUCCAACUUGUAUUGACCAAUAUAGCCACAUGCCAUAAUAAAACAUUCAUUCAUAUAAAAAGUAAUACUAUACGGGUAACACUGAUAUUUUGGAGGUAGAAUCCAAACGAAUGCUUGUUAAUCAAUUUACACCACCGAUUAUCUGGCAUUGUCGACUAGUAGAAGUUGGAAUUGUUUGGUUAACAGAGUUGUCAGUUGAACGCUUUACCAAAUUUAUCAUAAUUACAGUUUUAUAAUAAUUAAAUGUUACAUUGUGUACUAGUAUUUAACUGUUUAGAUACUGUGUCUUACCAGAUCAACGUUGCAUAAAUGAUUGAAGAAAAUUCAGAGUAGAUUUGUGAUGAAAACUGAGUUCAUCAAUACAUUUUUGUGAAUAAUUUAAUAAGGGAAAUAUUUAAACAUAAUUCGGAAUAAUGGCGUCAUUGGAUGACACAAACGAAUUGAUGAGCCCCGAACAAAUGACACAGAUAAAAGCUGGAAUAUUAAAAAUAUUAAAGGAAGAACUCAUCUCGUAUAAUAGAGCGCGUGAAGAAGUUGAUCAAGCUAUCGAAGAAAGUGUUGGUCUGCUGAAAAAACUUCGAAGAAACGUUGUGACUUCACACUUUGCAAACAUGAAAAACAAUGAAAAUGGACAAAAGAAUCGUGUAAAAGAUGCUAUUCUUAAACAGCUAGAAGAUGAGGACGAAGCAAAAGACUUGAGUGUCUUUUUAAAAAGUCUUGACAAUAUGUCAUCAACUUCAGAAACUAUAAAUGAGCCAACUAUCAAGGUAGAGUUGUUGAGUAAGCCCAGUUCUUCUAAUCCUUCACCAUCAGUUACUUUUACUCCGCCGAUUGGACGCAUUCAUUUAGCCUACGUUAUCGGCAAUACUGUUAAAGUAAGCGGUUCUGAGAAUGAAAUGAAGUACAAAUGGACAGUAUACGUCCGCAAUUUGGAAGAAGGCAUCGACAAUUUAAUAUAUAUUGAUAAAGUCAGGUAUUUCUUACAUGAAUCUUACGAACCAAAUCAUAUUAUCGAUGUUCUGGAAAAACCGUUUUCAUUAACUAGACACGGAUGGGGAGAAUUUGUUGUUCGCCUACGUUUGUAUUUUAAAGGUAAUAUGAAUGUUCAAACCGACGUUUAUCAUAAAGUCCAUUUAAACAAGGGUUUAGCUGUUGACAUUCCUAUGGUAGCUAAGGAACAAGUUGUCAAGUACAAUUUAUUAUUACAGAAAUAAUUUUUAACUUUACUAUUAUUUAUGUUAUAACAUUGCAUGAUUAUAUUACACUUUACCUAUCCAUCAUCAUGGAUAGACGGAAUAGAGAGUGAUAUGAGGAUAGCUGGGGUGAGUGAAUGAGAUGUAGAAGCUCUAUGGAGGCGUAGGACUAAGGUUGCCGACCCCAAGCAGUUGGUAGUGUAAAGCAAAGAUAAAGAAGAAGAAUACCAACCUAUCCGUCAUCAUGAUGUAGCUUAAUGGGCUUUGAAGGUCCAACCCUGCCAUCAUGAGGUGUUUUCUGAAAUCGCUAUCUGGGUUGUUCGGCAGUCCAGAAAGGGAAAUUGUGGCUCCUUUUUAGUUUUUACCUGAUGGUAUUUCACCCAGCACACUUUACUUAUCCAAUAGUUAAAUUUCUAAUUACUGUCUGUUUCUUUUAUAUUGUACGUUAAUACCAUUGUAACCUAAUAUUUAUUUAUUGUAACUAAGACUAAUAAAACAAAUAUAAUACCUCAACGUGUAAAUAAUUAAUGUAACGCAUUUUGUUUAUAUUAAGUUUACUAAUGGACUCUAAUCCCAUUUUAACAAUUUGUUCCUAUUUUAUUUAAAUUGAUAUUGCUUGUUAAUAAGUACUUUAGAAUUAUUUACAGUUUUCAGUAAUGUAAUUGUAAUAAAUGUUUCACAAAAGGAUAUAUAUCUACUUCGAUUUUUAAUAUUGC